GCGGUGACGACGACGACGGUGGCGGCGGCGGCGGUGGCGGUAGCGGUAGCGGUAGCGGCGACUACGACUGCGAUCGGGACGGUGCGCCGUGUUGCUCGGUGGCGUACGCCGUACGUGUUAGUGCGUGUGUCCGUGCGCGAGCGCGGUUGGUCGGUGGCCCGCGUUGUUGUAUCCAAGAUGAAGUCCGACUCGAAACCUUUGUUGACAGCUCAGGCGGAGAAGGCGAACCAUUACACAUACUUGAAGGAGUUCCGCGUAGACCAGUGUCCCCUCUUCAUACAGCGCAAAUGCACGCAGCACAGGCCGUUCACGUGCUUCAACUGGCACUUCAUGAACCAGCGGAGGCGCAGGCCGGUGAGGAAGAGGGACCGCACCUUCAACUACAGCGCCGACAAUUAUUGCACCAAGUACGACGAGACCUCUGGCAUUUGCCCGGACGGGGACGAGUGUCCGUUCCUGCAUCGUACCGCGGGCGACACGGAGAGGCGCUAUCACCUGCGCUAUUACAAGACGUGCAUGUGCGUGCACGACACCGACACCCGUGGCUUUUGCGUGAAGAAUGGCCCGCAUUGCGCCUUCGCGCACGGCAAUCACGACCUGCGCCCGCCCGUGUACGACAUCAAGGAGAUCCAGGCGCUGGAGAACCCGGACUCGGACCCAAACUCCUCGUCGAACGGGCCUAACAUACUCGACAAGGAGCGCAACCUGAUGAAUGAGGACCCGAAGUGGCAGGACACUAACUACGUGCUGAGCAACUACAAGACCGAACCAUGCAAGAGACCGCCGCGACUCUGCCGACAGGGCUACGCCUGUCCGCAGUAUCACAACAGCAAGGACAAGCGGCGCAGCCCGCGCAAGUACAAGUAUCGUUCGACGCCGUGUCCGAACGUGAAGCACGGUGAGGAAUGGGGCGAGCCGGGCAACUGCGAGCAGGGGGACGCGUGCACGUAUUGUCAUACUCGUACGGAACAGCAGUUCCAUCCGGAGAUCUACAAGUCCACCAAGUGCAACGACGUGCAGCAGGCUGGCUACUGCCCGCGCGGCGUCUUCUGCGCCUUCGCGCAUGUUGACCGUGAGUGUACACUCAUCAAUCUGUUGCCAACAGAAGAAAUGAGCCUGGCGAGGGAUAUGGCGGUACCUAUAGAUUGCGGAGCGAAUCUGGCGGACAUACUCAGCAACGCACUUCCACCCGACAAGCGCUCGCACGACAAGGACAAGCCACUCAGUGACAGCAGUCGCUUGAUCGACUUGCAGAAUGGAAGCGGCGAGGUCUCGGAAUCCGCCAGCACGAGCAGUUUGGGUAGCAACAGCUCGCACAGCAAGGCGCCAGGCGCUCAACUGCACAAUUCCAAUAAUACCAAUUCCGGCAUAAAUGCGGCCGCACAGCAGAAACUUACGAACAUGCUUUACCCCAAUUCCCUCAUACAAGUUAAUGAAAUUCGGAAGCAAAUGAUCGCCAUCGACAGCGAUCCGUUGUUGACUAAAGCUGAAAAGGCCCAGCAGAAACAGAGCCUCUACAUUGCGUACAAUUUGAACGGGACAUUAGGCAGUCACUCGUUAGCAACUGUUUCACCACUUUCAAAUUCGUUCUACUCAAACGACACUGUGGAAUCUGUAGUAGGGAAUGCAUUAGACGAGCUCCAUUUAGACGACCCGUUAAAUUUAGUCGACUCAAUUCAUAGGGAUACAAAUUCACCAAUUGGCAAUUCGAUAUCGGCAGGCCUAGCUAGCUCCGGUCUACUCGGUAGCUCGGCCCCGGUCAAUAUACCGGGCAUGGCUGAACGUUCAGUUCUUACCAAUUUCUCGCCAUCAACGUCGAGCCCACUUCAGCAAUUACAGACUGGUUUUCUCACCGGGUCGAGAUUCUCCCAUCAAGACUCCAUGGAAUCCACAUUGCCAUUUAUGAAUCAGAUAUCGGAUCCAUUUAGCAAUCACAUUUCGCAACUUAGCAGCUCGGCUUCUAAGCUUAGUGGAUUCAAUAGUAGUUUAUUCGAUUUCGCGAGCCAAGGAAUGUCACCGUCGCGUACGCAACCCACUCUACCGGCAUCUCCAUUGGUCAAUGCAUUUUCCAUUAGUCCAAAUAACACAGGAUCGUUGUCCGAGGUACAAAGGCUCAGAGACGAAUUGUCCUCGAGCCGUGCUCAAUUGGCGACAUGGGACGAGCGUAUUAAUCAAGCGCGCGCGGCUUGCGCGGCGUGGCAAUUGGAAAGCGAGGAGGCGAAGAGGAAAGCGACCAUCGCCGAACAGCAAAGGGACGAGAGAAUGAAUUUUUUGCAGGCUCUGAAAGCGCUCAGGGUUGAGAACAAGGCGUCCAAUGGCGGUCCGUAUCUUCAUACAUUGAGGAAAAUAAGCGAGCUCAGAACACUCUCGAUAGCCACCUUGAAAUCAAUUCAAUCGCAAUUGCGCUCGGAUCUCGAGGAGGUGGAGAAGGUGCUGUACAGAGAAACAGCAACAAAGUGCAUGGUUUGUGAAGAGCAGAAUCGUACGGUUACUCUAUCCUGCAAUCAUUACGUGGUCUGUUCGACGUGCGCUCCGAAUCAGCGCGAGUGCCCGUACUGUCAGACGCCAGUUGUCUCAACAAGUUAGACCUGAACCUUUCCUUAAAAUCUUGUUGUUAUUGCAAUUUUCGCUUCUCUGUUUAAAAAAAAAAACACAGAACGAAGAGGCGAUGGCAGCCGCAGACUCUGAAAGAAUAUCAUAAUCUGAGAUAUCUCAAAAUUGCCUAGAUUUACAAAUCGAUUCUCCGUCUAUUUCAACAAAAUGGUCGCUUAGUCUAUUAUGGAACAUUGCAGCAUCACGAUAUUAGAAUAUUACAUUGUUCUUAAUUAUAAUUGAUUUAACGAAGUGCAGUGACAGUUGACGCAAAACUUAAGUGAUCUGAAUUCAGGCUUGUGUUUAGAAAAAUGCGAGGUAACAAAUGGCUGUACGACUAUGAUCACACUUACAGUUAGACCAAAUCACUCGGUAUGCCACUUAUCAAUGUUUCUCCCUUAGACUCAUAACUUCUGCCACUAAAUAAUUAUACAAUGAUGAUGAUGAUGACAAAUUCUCUAUGAUUAUUUUUCAGUGAAUUUUAAUUUAGUGCAUUUUUUGAUUAAUUAACAGUAGAUUUUUUUUAGUUUAACUUAAAAACUAUUUUUCGCCCUCUUUGUAAUUCUGAAUUGCAUAAAGUAACGCUUACACUGGUGAAUACUCGCGCUACAUUUACUUGCUAGGGAAACAAAGUAUGUAUUUUAACAAAUUAUUACGUUGCAAAGUACGUGUCUUAGUAAUUGUAAGGAUAGAAUGAACGAGAGAACCGCGCAACAGUCAUUUGCAUCCUCAUAUUUGAUCGUCAAUGUUUUCUAAAAAAGUUGAAAAGAAAAAAAGGGAAACGAGUCGCAAGUUCGCGGACGCUCGCCUCGAGAGGAAAGCGAACAUAAAUUGGCCACCUACAUAGCCCGCAGUGGUCUCGCAUAUUCUUUGAUUUGAUAAGAUUUUACGUUAAGCGAGGCAAAAACAAUUUGCAUUAAAAGAACAAUGUGCAAGCAGUGCCAUUUUCGACUUAUGAAAGUAAUAAAGUUGCGUUCUGCGAGAAGUGAAUGUGAUCUGUUAACGUUUCUAAUUUCUAUAGCAUAAUUCCGCAUUCUCAGGCAGUCUAUGAAGAAAAUACCGCAUUUCGCUGAAACUUUGCAUCGUGGAAGCAAACGUGUGCAAUUAGAAACAGCAAGGAUGUAAAUUAUUUUCAACUUUUUUAUUAUCAACUUCGGGAACUUGAAAUUGUUCGGAUACUCGCGGGAGUCGACGCUCUCCGUAGUUCUCGAUAGUGCGGAAUUGCGUAUAGAAAUGUGUCCCCUUUUAAAUUUUUUACUAUUUUUGCAAUAUUACGGUAAACGCCGUCUUCCGAUACAAUGUAUAAUGUUUAGGCGUAGCGCUUUGAGGCCACUAAAAAGUGUCAGAGGCAGCGCAAACAAACCGCGUUUAAACAAAUCUUAUAUUUGUAAGCUUGAUAUAUGUAUAUGUAUAAAUGUAUAAAAAAAAGAAACAAUAGGCAUUGCUCUCUCACACAGCUCGACUUCGGGUGCGCUCAGCGUAGAAAAGCAGAAUCAAUAUAUUCGUAUAUUGUGUAACUUCUGGUGUUUAAACAAAAAGCAAUGUACUUAUAUGUUAUAAGCGGUUAAGGUACUAAGUAUGUAUACUUUGCGGGCUAUUGCGUGAACGAAUCGUAUCUAUUUUACCCGUGCUCACACACGGAGUCUGUAACAAUCGAUGAGGAACGUCGGAAUUAUCCGAGUUGAGAAACGGGAAUCGCGAAGAGAGAGAAUCAGGAAGAGACCUUUCGUUCGUGCAGUCGCGUUCGUUGCUUUCACAGGAUGAAUCACUAAUAAUGUAUUAUAAAUUUUGUUCUCUCCAUUCGCACGCGUGCGCGUGCGAAGGGAGCACUCGCGCGAAGGAAUAAAGGGAGAGAUGAGAAAUUGUGUGGAUCCGAAACAAGAACCGCAUUCUCGAAGAGAUCGUACAAAGUGUUGACGAUAAAACGAUAAUCAAGACUGCUGUAAUUUAUUGUUCAUGUAAACUUAAUUCCGUAAAGUCAGGUCGCAAUGAAAUUACGUUGGCGCAAAGGAAACAAGAUUGUUCGCCGUUAAUUCUUAUUGCUGCUGUCUUCUUCUAGACGCGCGCAGGACAAAACCAUUUUUCGUAUCUGGCAACUCACAGGAGUCGAGAGAAUUCUUUUUAGCGAUUACUUUUACCUCCCGUAGUUUCUAAGGCGAUUAGGUAGCGCUUAUAAAUUGAAAAUUAUGUGUACCAUUUUCUUAAUAUAUACAUAUAUAUAAUUUAAUAUAUCGAGAUGUUCUUUGUUUUUCAAAUCCGCGACGAGAGAGACGUUUCUGCUCGGCGCUAUAUUCUUUGUGAGUAACAGGGACCUUUACACGGUCAAUAACACCGAUCAUUAAUAUUGAAUCUCAGUAAAACUGACAGUACUGCGCGUCAGUCUAUCCAGCUUCUUUUUUAUCUCGGUUUAUUUUGGGUGCAAUUGAGAGCUAUUAAAGGAAAACGAUAGAGAGAGGUGAGGUGUUAUCGUCACUGUCUCUACCAGAGCGAUAACUGAUGCUCGAAAUUCAAGAAAUCCGGAUCACCGUCAACGUUAACCACACACGAUCAAUAACGUUGUCGGUAUGCGUCAAUAUUGGCAGUAUUAUUGACCGCGUAAGGUCCCUAUAAGAGAUUUCGCGCGGCGAGACGAUGAGACGAGGAUGCAACAAGGCUCUCGCGCGGGGCUGUCGCGAUCGUUCGUCCUGUGGAAGGAAUCAAUAGGUAUAUUUAGUCGCGCAAUUAACAGAGGUACAUAGGGAUUACUGUUACAAUAACGUAACGCGAAAAGGACAAUUAAGGAUCUCCACGAUGGCUGUCGUACCGAUCAGGCUGCUUCUCUACGUAUGCGUGUAAUUUAUAAUAAUACGUCCCCCUCGUUCCCCGCCCCGAGACCAUAUCUCUUCCGCACGACUUUCUGCGCGAUGCGGGUUUUUGUAAUUUUGUAAUUUCUAAAGUCCUCCCGCGAGCGCGCGUGUGCAGCCGACAGUCGGGGUGGAGGGGAGUGCGCCGCGCGCUUCUCCGUCGCCGCAGCGGGGACCGCGAGAUUCCGCGCGGAGUUCCCUCGUGCGAUCUCCGGAAGAGGUUGCCCGCCGGCGAACGGGCAACGCGAAGAGAGCAAUUUCAACUCGACGAAACGACGGCACCAUUUUUUUUAAAUUUUAUUUUGCGUCUCCGUCGUACGGAAAGUUUCGCUGCGCGUUGGGGUGACUUCGACCAGGGGCUCGAUUCUUGAAUUCUUACAUUCGAGGGAGAAACGCGUGCGAAAAGUUGCAGGUUGAUUCGCUAUUCGUAUGGUUUUUAGCCAGUCGACUCUUAACUUUUCUGCGGGAGCAGAAUUUUCGCAUACGUUUCUCCUUCGAACGAAUUCAAGAAUCGAGUCGCAGACUCCGAUCAACUUGUCGAGCGACAUCGGUACCACUUUGUUUACGCCUGUAAAAUUAAGUGUUUGUCGUUUGACAUACGGAGAAAAAAGAUCGGAAAUGAAUUGUGCAGUUGAAAACGUUCCUUCGAGCGAUCCUUUCGAUUAAUCGGUGAUUAACUUACUAGGCAGCAUCCAUUAUCAUUUUGUUGAUGUGGAUUGUUAAUUAUUUCUUGUGUGAUGCACGAAGGAUAAGAGGCGAUGAAAUCGUGUAGCUGAGAAUGAAUCGAUUUUGCUGGUUCGAUCAGUCGCUGACUAAUUUAAUCGGAAUUUAGUCGAGUUUGCCCACAAUAUUUCACGCUUGUCCUCCGUGGGAAACAGGCGGGUCGAGAGAACUCAAUGAGGCACCUGCAAAAUAAAAUCCCUAUAAUGUCUCGUAAGAAGUGGCUUCUCUCGAUUCAUCCGCUUCCAUUGAAGAACGUCUUCUUCCCGCACGUUGAUCGAGAGCUUCGGAGUUUCGUGUCGUGUCCGGACGUUUAAAGAAAUUGUCGGAAGAGAACCACGCACGACCCGUUUUGAUCCCAUUGAAUGUUCGUCUCUCCUCUCUCUUUCUCUGUCUCUUCUUCGGUGUAGUAUAUUCUAACGGAUAUCAGUACAAAUCUACAACCUGUGUAAGAAAUAAAGGGAUACACAUCGCUCGGGUGGACAAAAAGAAUGACGAUAUCGUCGAGACACGUAUUUUUGGCAAUACACAGAUUUAAAAAGAUUACCAAGUAGCGCGUAGUAAGUAGAGAGAACACAAGGAAGUGAAUUUCGUUCGAAUGCAUUAUUUUUGACGACUGAAAGUUUAUACGCUAAAAAGGAUUAAUAUUGAUAAUACGAUAACGAGAUAAGGAUAUAGUAACGAUUGUGUACGUAACUCGUAGGACGGAUCGUUCGUUAUCGCUUCUCAUGCUAUUUUACCAUAAGUUGUGUCUUAUAAGAAUAAACAUUGUAAAUCAAUAAAAAUUGAAUCAAUUUUA